AUGGGGAAUACAAACAACAUGUCUGAAUUCAUCCUUUUGGGACUUACCCAGGACCAGGUCCUACAGAAAGCCUGCUUUGGGAUGUUUUUGCUUUUCUACACAGCAAUUCUGAUGGGGAAUCUACUCAUCAUUGUCACAAUCAAGACCAGCUCCCGACUGAUGUCUCCUAUGUAUUUCUUCCUCAGUUAUCUCUCCUUUGUAGACAUUUGUUACUCCUCUGUCACUGCUCCCAAACUGAUUGCAGAUUUCCUUGUCCAAAGGAAAACCAUUUCUUAUGUUGGCUGCAUGGCACAGCUCUUUGGGGUUCAUUUCUUUGGUUGUACUGAAAUCUUUCUUCUCACAGUGAUGGCCUAUGAUCGGUAUAUUGCAAUCUGUAAACCUCUCCACUAUACAACUAUUAUCAACAAGAGCGUAUGUAGCUGGAUGGUAGUCUUUUCUUGGCUAGGAGGGUUUGUGCAUUCAUUAGUACAGACUCUCCUUACUGUACACCUUUCCUUCUGUGGGCCCUAUGAAAUAGAUCACUAUUUCUGUGAUGUCCACCCACUACUCAAAUUGGCCUGUACUGAUACCUACAUCAUUGGGCUCAUUGUCAUUGCUAACAGUGGCAUGAUUUCUCUGAGCUGCUUCCUUGUUUUGGCUGUUUCAUAUAUUGUCAUCCUAGUCACAUUGAGAACUCAUUCUUCUGAAGGACGCCUCAAAGCCCUAUCCACCUGUGCCUCCUACAUCACAGUAGUGAUUCUGUUCUUUGGGCCAUGCAUUUUCAUCUAUAUGAGACCUUCCACCACCUUCUCAGAGGACAAGAGUGUAGCUGUAUUCUACACCAUUAUCACUCCAAUGCUCAAUCCUAUAAUAUACACCUUGAGAAAUGAGGAGGUAAAAAUGCUAUGA